CGGGAGCAGCCACCGGCAUGGAGCUGCCUCCCCGACGCCGGGCGCCGCCAGACUCGCCCCUGGGCAGCAGUUCCCUGACCUCGCUGGACUCCAGCGUCUUUUGCAGCGAGGGCGACGGGGAGCCCCUGGCGCUCGGGGACUGCUUCACGGUCAACGUGGGCGGCAGCCGCUUUGUGCUCUCGCAGCAGGCGCUGUCUUGCUUCCCGCACACGCGCCUGGGCAAGCUGGCCGUGGUGGUGGCCUCUUGCCGCCGCCCGGGAGCCCUGACCGCCGUGCCCAGCCCGCUGGACUUCUGCGACGAUGCCAACCCGGUGGACAACGAGUACUUCUUCGACCGCAGCUCGCAGGCGUUCCGCUACGUGCUGCACUACUACCGCACAGGCCGCCUGCACGUCAUGGAGCAGCUGUGCGCGAUCUCCUUUCUCCAGGAGAUCCAGUACUGGGGCAUCGACGAGCUCAGCAUCGACUCCUGCUGCAGGGACAGGUAUUUCAGAAGAAAGGAGCUGAGUGAGACAUUAGACUUUAAAAAGGACACCGAAGACCAAGAAAGUCAGCAUGAGAGUGAACAGGACUUCUCACAAGGACCUUGCCCCACUGUCCGCCAGAAGCUCUGGAACAUCCUGGAAAAGCCUGCGUCUUCCACGGCUGCCCGCAUCCUCGGGGUCAUCUCCAUCAUCUUUGUAGUGGUAUCCAUCAUCAACAUGGCCCUGAUGUCAUCUGAGCUAAGCUGGCUGGACCCACAAUUACUGGAAAUCCUGGAGUACGUGUGCAUCAGCUGGUUCACUGGGGAGUUUGUCUUGCGCUUCCUCUGUGUGCGGGACCGGUGCCGCUUCCUGAGAAAGGUGCCCAAUAUCAUAGACCUCCUUGCCAUCUUGCCCUUCUACAUCACCCUACUGGUGGAGAGCCUGAGUGGGAGCCAGACCACUCAGGAGCUGGAGAACGUAGGACGCCUCGUCCAGGUGCUGCGGCUGCUCAGGGCUCUGCGCAUGCUCAAGCUCGGCAGACAUUCUACAGGUUUACGCUCCCUUGGAAUGACAAUCACCCAGUGCUAUGAAGAAGUUGGCCUACUGCUUCUAUUUCUGUCUGUGGGAAUUUCUAUAUUUUCAACUGUGGAGUAUUUUGCUGAGCAAAACAUUCCAGACACAACCUUCACAAGUGUCCCUUGUGCAUGGUGGUGGGCCACAACAUCCAUGACUACCGUGGGAUAUGGGGACAUUAGACCCGACACCACCAUGGGGAAAAUUGUGGCCUUCAUGUGUAUAUUAUCAGGAAUCCUGGUCUUGGCCUUGCCUAUUGCGAUUAUUAACGACCGCUUCUCUGCUUGCUACUUCACCUUGAAACUCAGGGAAGCGGCAGUGAGACAGCGUGAAGCCCUAAAGAAGCUUACCAAGAAUAUAGCCACUGACUCGUACAUCAGUGUCAACUUGAGAGAUAUCUAUGCGCGAAGUAUCAUGGAGAUGCUUCGAUUAAAAGGGAGAGAGAGAGCAAGUACUCGGAGCAGUGGAGGAGAUGAUUUCUGGUUUUGAACUCAUGUUCAAUUCAUUUGUGAGACCUAUGUGAUGGAAACUCAUUCCAUGGAUUAAAUUUUGAAA